GUAUGCUGUUCACAAGCAAAUUGCAUUAUUUCAGUUAAAAGUAGGCUACUUUUAUGCUGUUUACUCAAGAGUAGUAGCCUAAUUUGUUGCAAACUGAGGGAAGACCGCUGGGCGGCGCUACAGAUUUUGUUCACCCACCAAAAACAGACGAAGAAGAAACCUUACCGGAGUGACAGAGGUGUUUGACAGGGAUCAUUUCGGAUCAUGAGUGUCCCGUGUUUAGUGAAGAGGACGGUGUCCAGAUGUUUCUCCGCUGGAUCAGGACUGUUCAGACCAGUUUUUUGCUCAUCAUGUAAACACACAGUCACACGAAACAUGUCAUCAAGGAGACAGACUGACCAUCUACAGAGAACUUCUAGCGUUCAUAGACAAAUGGAGCUUUUCCCUGCACGUGUCAGUGACAUUAUGAAUGAAUCUGAUACAGUAAAGAGACUGAGACUAGAGGUACCACAUCCUGACUUCAGCUUCCGUGCUGGCCAGUGGGUGGAUUUCUUCAUCCCAGGUGUGGACACAGUGGGUGGCUUCUCUAUUUGCUCCAGUCCUGGUCUGCUGCAGAGAGAGGGAGUGAUUGAACUGGCCGUCAAACACACACGCCAUCCUCCAGCACACUGGAUUCACACCAAAUGCUCUGUGGACUCUCAGGUAGCUGUGAGGGUGGGAGGUAACUUCUUCUUUGACCCUCAACCUUCUGACCCCGUGGUGGACCUGUUGCUGAUAGCUGGUGGUGUUGGCAUCAACCCUCUGUACUCCAUCCUGCUGCACGCAGCUGAUCUGCUCAGACAGACUCAUGGUCAGAGGUACACUCCGGGGCGCACACACCUGUGUUACAGCGCCAAGAACACCAAAGAGCUGCUCUUCAAGAACACCAUUAUUGACAUUUGUCACGAGCGACCUGAUAAAUUCUCCUGUGACUUCCAUGUUACCCAGCAGAGCUCUGACAUAGAGCAGGAACUUCAGCCUUACAUCAUAAAUGGAAGGAUAUCAGAAGAGGAGCUUCAGCGCUAUGUAGAUCCUGAACACACACUGUGUUAUCUCUGUGGCCCUCCUCCUAUGAUAGAGAAAGUGAGUUCAGACCUGAAGAAAGUCGGCCUGUUGGAGGACAAAAUCCUUUUUGAGAAAUGGUGGUAGCUCAGAUAUUCACAGCGAUGGAUGCAUCUGCAUCAUCAUAGAAACGGACUGUAAUGGCAAUGGACCAGUAAUGCCUCUGAGAUCAGUUGAAACGCACAACAGACACUGUGUCUGCAUUCUCCACAUUUAAACAGCCAAUUAUCCAGACUCUAUGCCCUAUUUUUAUUAUACCUCAUUUUAAAGAUAUUCAACCAAUUGACCGCAACCAGAGCUGUAAUGUUCUACAUUAUAGUUCAUUUGCUGGUUAACGGCAUAGGCAUCCUGCUUCAAGGGCAUGAUGAAAGAUUGCACACUCAGAUUGCACUGGGUUUUUAGAGAUCUGUGUAUAAUUAUGCAUGUUGUUUGCAUUUUAGAACACAUAUUUAUUCAUUAAAACUUUAAAGGCGUUAGGGGCAUAGAAAUCAAAAGAGAUAGUUCACCUAAAAAUAUACAUUUUUACACCCAUCUUUGCUCAUCAAUAUAGUGCUAAGUUUGCAGAAAGGUGCUAAACAUUGUCCCUUUUAAAGGGAUGUUCCACCCAACAUUUUUUGAAAAAUAAUCCUUCUCCGAGUCCAUAUGUUGCAAGUGGUUUGCAUCAAGUUGAUGUUUCAAAAACCACACCAAGGGAUCAUGAUGGUACUCAUAUGACCCCAGUGGAUGAAUCAAUGUCUUCUGAAGCAAAACAAUAGGUGUGUAUGUGUGAGAAAAAUACUAUAUUUAACCAUUUUCUGGUUACCUGAGGGUUCAAUGCACUUGCAUGUUAUUGACUCACUAAGAUACUAUACUAGAUACUAGAUAUAUACUUACAAAAGAAAGACUAUUUGCUGAAACUCUUUCAAUAACAUUGUACAAUUCUGGAAAUACAAUGUCAUAUAUUGUGCAUUUUAACAUAAAAUCACGCAAAAACUAUUUUUAGCCUGGUCCAGCCAAGUGUUUUGACUGUAAGGCAGGAUUACAAACAGUCAUUGUGAACUUUUUCAAUCAAAAUUAAGUUCAUCAAACAUAAUAGUCUCCCACAUCAUGGGAAGGAUGGUUCUUCAAAACUGGAUUGAUGAAGAAGAUCUUUACCUCUUAUAGUGCCGAGAUGUUUCGUAAAGUCAUUUUGAAAAAUGAAAUAAGAAGAAAACUGCAAGCUGUUGCUGUAAAUGAAGCCCAUUACUGAGAGCUUUUAUUUACACCAUUAACUGUCUCACAGACUUUCACUAUAACUGUCACUUUACAAAUUUAGACAUUAGUUACUGCCAUCCACACUGAUAUAAAUAAAUGAAAUAACUGAUGUAAUACCUAUUGAUGAAAUAAAUGAGCAUCUUGUGGAUUUUACGCAUUUGAGCUAGUGCACGAUAUAUUGCAUAAGCUAAUACUGUAUGUAAUAAAAUGAACUAACAUCACAGAUUCAUAUAGGUACAAGUCUCAACAAAUUGGUCAGCGUUUAGCAUAUUUAGAGCCCCGAACAGAUGUUUUCACUUAUUUGUUAGAAUCUCUUGCCAUUUGUUACAGCAAUGCACCUUAAAAACCCAAAUAAUUAAGAGCGGCAAGAUUCAAACACUCCUAUGCAAUCUUACAGGACAAUUGCUCUGUCAGAAGAUGUAUAUGCCCAGACACGGGCCUGAUGAGAGUGUGUUCUGUCUGAAUAAACAUGAACAUAUUGUAAUGUUUAAAUAUCCAUAAAUGAAUACUGUCAGCACACUCCAGAGAAUAAAGCCCUCUCUGUUA